CUUUGUGUGGCUGCACUUGAGGAAAAGUCAAGAGUCAGACAAGAAAAGUUCAGACAGUCAUUAUCUGAAGGAAAGGUGUAGAGGCUGCCUUAAAGCUGCCCACAACUUUCCCCACUCAUUACUGUAGUCUUCGGACAGUCGACGUCACAAUGAGCGCCUCUGUGGCCGUGUACCGGAGCAUCUUCACAGAAGACCGCUUCAAACAAGCCUACGGUUCCGAAGAGGACAACACCAGUGCAAGUUUGAGGCUCCGGGACAAGCUGGCGGUGAGGUGCAGGUGUUCACAGCGGGCAUGCCUUCACUUGCUGCGGGAGAGAGUUCCUAUUUUCGACUGGCUGCCUAGGUACCGCUUCAAGAAAUGCAUUUUAGGGGAUACAGUUGCUGGACUGACAGUGGGCGUCCUCCACAUCCCACAAGCAGGAAUGGCCUUUGCACUGCUCACAUCUGUAGCUCCUAUAUUUGGUCUCUACACAUCUUUCUUCCCUGUGGUCCUCUACAUGAUUUUUGGCACUGGGCGACACGUAUCCACUGGUACGUUCGCUGUGGUGAGUUUAAUGACUGGCUCUGUUGUAGAGCAGCUGGUCCCCACUCCGCUGGAGAUGAACUCCAGUUCAUCAGAACCGUCUGAUUUUGAGCUCCAGAAAAUUGGAGUGGCCUCAGCUGUCGCCCUUCUUUCAGGAAUUAUUAUGCUCUGUAUGUUUGGUCUUCAGCUUGGCUUCCUCUCCACCUAUCUGUCAGAGCCAAUUGUUAAAGCUUUCACGAGCGCUGCUGCCUUCCAUGUUACUGUCUCACAGCUGCAAAGCAUGCUGGGGCUGCGCAUUCCUCGCCACACGGGGACUUUCUCCCUCUUUAAGACUUUAGGGUCUGUGUUGGAGAACUUGCCUCAGACCAACACGGCAGAGCUGCUGAUCUCCUUGGUGUGUUUGGCGGUUUUGGUUCCGGUGAAAGAGAUCAAUACACACUACCGACAGCGCUUGCGUACGCCUAUCCCUGUGGAGAUCCUCACAGUGAUCAUUGCCACCGGUGUUGCCUAUGCCUUCUGCCUGGACUCAAUCUAUGAGAUUGAAAUUGUUGGCCACAUUCCAGCAGGCUUCCCAAAGCCAAGGCUGCCUGCUUUGAGCACUUUACCUCACAUUGCUGGAGACACGGUCGCCAUCACAUUUGUUGGCUACGCUGUGUCUGUCUCACUGGCAAUGAUCUAUGCUGAUAAACACGGAUAUUCCAUAAAUCCCAACCAGGAGCUGCUGGCUCAUGGUAUCUCCAACACCGUGUCUUCCUUUUUCACAUGCUUCCCAAGUUCAGCCACUCUGGCCACCACAAACAUACUGGAGAGUGCAGGGGGAUACACACAGUUUUCUGGCCUGUUUACCAGUAUAGUUGUUCUAAUUGUUCUGCUGCUGAUUGGACCGCUGUUCCACUUCCUACCAAAGGCAGUCCUGGCAUGCAUCAACGUGACCAGCCUGAGGCAGAUGUUCUUACAGUUUCAGGACUUACCAGAGCUGUGGAGAAUCAGCAAGAUUGACUUUAUGGUUUGGGUGGUAACAUGGCUGUCUGUAGUGGUUCUCAAUGUGGAUCUUGGUUUAGCCAUCGGGGUGGUGUUCUCAAUGAUGACUGUCAUCUGUCGCACACAAAGGGCUGGAUGUUCUGUGCUUGGUCGGGCCAGUAACACAGAAAUUUACAGACCUGUGGAGAAUCACAGUAAGUGCUAUGAGGUGCCAGGGAUAAAGAUCCUGACAUACAAUGGGCCUAUUUACUACGGAAACCGUAGCUUUUUCAAGGAGGAGAUGAGCAAGUUGUUGGGCCUGACGCCAGAAAAGAUCCGCAGUCGAGAAAAGGAGAGAAAAGCUCUGGAGAAGCGUGAAAGACAGACCAUCGUCAACACAGUGGAGAGAGGCAUAGAAAACGCAUGUUUUUCUUCAGAAAAUGAGUUCUUUAAAUCGGAAACAUCUGAGAGUGAAGUCCAGGCAGUUCUAAUUGACUGCAGCAGUGUGGUAUUUGUUGAUGUUGCCGGAGCAAGACUCUUUACUCAGAUGUGCAUCGAAUGCCAGAAAGUUGGAGUUCACGUGUACAUGUCCAACUGUAAUGGAUCACUUGUGGUCUCUGUUCCCUCAGAGAGCGUUCUAAAAAUCCUCACAUCAAGCGGCCUCAUGAACCACAUGAAGCCUCAGCAUAUUUUUGUGACUGUACACGAUGCGGUCAUGUACAUCCAGCAGCAGAAGGAAAAACAUCCUGAUAACACCACAACUGUUUGGGUGUGAGACAGGUGCCCAGUGAUGAGAAGUCAUCAACCAAGUAUUUGGGACCCAAAUAUUCUAUUUGGUUAUUCCUCAGAGAUUGCAAUGUGUACUUGUGUUUCCAAGAUGCAGUAGCCUGUUGUAGCAUUAUCGAGGCUUUACAGCAGGGGUCCCCAAACUACGGCCCGCGGGCCGGAUCCGGCCCCCCAGCAUCCAAAAUCCGGCCCACGGGAAGUCCCAAGUAAAAAAAAAAAAGUGUUUUUUUUUAUUUGUAUUUUUUUAUUUUUUAUUUGUAUUUUUUUUAAUCUUUCCUUUCUAAUCCAUUUUCUACCGCUUGUUACUCUUGGUAUCUCCUAGCCGCUCAGGCAAAUCAUAAUGUCUAAAAAUGAAUUUUCCCAUCGAUAACGUGACAAUGUUAAAUGUUGAUGAACAUCAAUGUUAAUUGAUGUUAAAUGACAAAACGGAUUAUAAACUAAUUAAUGCUUUAAAAUGUAAUAUCGGAAAUGAUCAGUAUCGUUUUUGUUUUUUUAUCGGUAUCAGGUUUUUUUUUUUUUUUUUUAAUUUUUUAAAUUAAAUCAACAUAAAAAACACAAGAUACACUUACAAUUAGUGCACCAACCCAAAAAACCUCCCUCACCCAUUUACACUCAUUCACAUUCAUUCACACAAAAGGGUUGUUUCCUUCUGUUAUUAAUAUUCUGGUUCCUACAUUAUAUAUCAAUAUAUAUCAAUACAGUCUGCAAGGGAUACAGUCCGUAAGCACACAUGAUUGUGCGUGCUGCUGGUCCACUAAUAGUACUAACCUUUAACAGUUAAUUUUACUCAUUUUCAUUAAUUGCUAGUUUCUAUGUAACUGUUUUUAUAUUGUUUUACUUUUUUUUUUUAUUCAAGAAAAUGUUUUUAAUUUACUUAUUUUAUUGUAUUAAUUAAAAAAAAAAAGGAUCUUAUCUUCACCAUACCUGGUUGUCCAAAUUAGGCAUAAUAAUGUGUUAAUUCCACGACUGUAUAUAUCGGUAUCGGUAAUUAAAGAGUUGGACAAUAUCGGAAUAUCGGAUAUCGGCAAAAAGCCAUUAUCGGACAUCCCUGAUUUUAUAUAUAUAUAUAUAUACACACACACACACACACACACACACACACACACACACACACACACACACACAGCCUGGCCCCCGGCCAAUUUUUUUUAACCCAAUGCGGCCCCCGAGUCAAAAAGUUUGGGGACCCCUGCUUUGCAGUGUGUUACCCCUUUUUAUGCAUGGUAUGGUUUAUUUGUUUCAGACCUUAAGGAACAUCACGUGGUUACGUUUGCACAGUUCGACAUGCCCGAAAAGGAAUAAGAAGAAGCUGAGUGUAUUUAACCCCACUUUUUUUCUUUUACUUAUAGUUCACGCACACCAUAUCUUCUACAGUACGUACAAUAUUUAGUCUGCUUGCAUUUUGUUUACUUCCUGUGUGAAAGGAAGGGAAUGUGUGGAAAUGUAAGCAUACUGUCAUAUAUGCUGGAAUUUUUGAAGAGAAUAUUAUUUGAUUGCAAUGCAGAGAUAAAUAUGCUGAGAAGUGCACUGUACCCUAUUUAUAAAUGUUUAAUGUGUUCAUGGCAUGCCAUCCAAUACCUUUUGGUAUUUGUCUGCAGCUGUCCCAGUGGCUGUUUUAAUAUUACAGAUAUUUCUAUUUAAGUUUUGUAAAUCUAGACUUUAUUAAAAGAGAGAGCAAAAGAGAUAGAGAGUGAAAGAUGUCUGCUGUUUGUUACUUUUCAUUACAGUUCUGUAAAGGGUGGAAUGUGAGGCAUGCUGGACUAAAAUGUGAAGAUGAGUACAGUCUGUGUUCUAUGGGCUACAAGAGACCACUGCAUUGCGAUGUAUUAAACACAGGCUUUAAAGGGGAAUGACACUCUUUUUUAGGAAUGUUGACUAUCAUUCACAAUCACUAUGACAACAUAUGUCUUUUUUUUUUAAGUUCCUAAAGAUUAUUAAAAAAAAACGCUUGCAAAAUGCAACUAAUGGUAGUCACCGUUGUAGCCUUCAAAGCCCUCUAAAACAACUUCAAAACACUCCAUCAACGUUUUAUAUGCACACUGCAAGUAUAUAUUUAUAAUGUAAUAACUUUGGUCAUUUUAAUCAUUGCUGGAACGUCUUUCUUCCCUUUUAUUUCUGUUUCCAUUUUGAAUUCUGGCAGCAGAUGUGUGUUCCUACUUUCGGUUGUAAUAAUGGCAGACUUGGUAAUAGACAACAAAGACGACUAUUUUUGGACAAAUGAGGAUUCACAACCUUAUCUUUUUGAAGCUGAAUGUACAGAAGCCAGCAAAUAGGAGAGGCUGAAAUGUUGGAGCGGACGGAAUGCAAGAGAGUGAGGUCGGCGUGACUUGCGGGUAUAA